CGCGCGUCACGACCACGACGACGAGGAGGAGGAGGAAGAGGAGGAGGAGGAGACGACGAAGGGAGGCGGCGUUGCCGUUCAAGUGGGCGGGGACACGGAGACUCCCGAGUGUGACACGGAGUGAGAGCUCUGCCACUGCCGCCUCCUCCUCCUCCUGCUGCUGCUGCUGCCUGUUACAGGACGUCUGUGGGGGCGAAGCUUCUUGGCGCCAGCUGCGGCAAUGGCCGAGCCGGACAAGCGGGUGUUCGACAGCCUCUCGGGCGCGGGCAAGGCUAUCGGCGUGCUGACCAGCGGUGGUGAUGCCCAAGGCAUGAAUGCAGCCGUCCGUGCCGUGGUGCGCAUGGGCAUCUAUGUUGGGGCCAAGGUCUAUUUCGUCCAUGAGGGUUACCAAGGGAUGGUGGAUGGAGGAGACCACAUCGAAGAAGCAAACUGGGAGAGUGUCUCGAGCAUCCUUCAACUGGGUGGCACCGUGAUUGGCAGCGCGCGCUGCAAGGAGUUCCGCACACGUGAGGGCCGGCUCGCGGCGGCGUUCCACCUCGUGCAGCGUGGAAUCUCCAACCUGUGCGUGAUCGGCGGCGACGGCAGCCUGACGGGCGCCAACAUCUUCCGCGAGGAGUGGAGCGGCCUGUUGCAGGAGCUCAUCAAGCAGGGCAAGAUCUCGAACGAUGUCGCCGAAAGGUAUUCGCAUCUCAACAUCGUGGGCAUGGUGGGCUCCAUCGACAACGACUUCUGUGGCACAGACAUGACCAUCGGCACCGACUCGGCGCUGCACCGCAUCAUCGAGGUUGUGGAUGCCAUCAUGACCACGGCUCAGAGCCAUCAGAGGACAUUUGUUUUGGAAGUUAUGGGACGGCAUUGCGGCUACCUUGCGUUGGUGAGUGCCCUGGCGUGCGGCGCUGACUGGGUGUUCAUCCCGGAGAGUCCCCCGGAGGAGGGCUGGGAAGAGAAGAUGUGCACGAAGCUCACCGAGAACCGAGCCAGGGGAUCCAGAUUGAACAUAAUCAUAGUGUCAGAAGGUGCCAUUGAUACGACUGGGAAGCCCAUUACCAGCGAUGCUAUUAAGGCGCUGGUGACCAAGUCCUUGGGGCUGGACACUCGAGUCACCAUCCUGGGGCACGUGCAGAGGGGUGGCACCCCGUCUGCCUUCGACCGCAUCCUGGCAAGUCGCAUGGGAGUAGAGGCGGUGCUGGCCCUGCUGGAGGCUACCCCGGAGACCCCUGCCUGUGUCGUGUCCUUGUCGGGCAACCAGUCCAUCCGCCUGCCGCUCAUGGAGUGUGUGCAACUGACGCAGGAGGUUCAGAAGGCCAUGGAUGAGCGGCGGUUUGCGGAUGCGGUAAAACUCCGCGGACGGAGUUUUGAAAAUAACUUGAACACUUACAAACUUCUGGCCAAUAAAAAGGUCGAUUCUGCAUACCCAAAGGAUGGCAGUAAUGGAAGUCAGUUCACGAUCGCGGUGCUCAACGUGGGAGCCCCAGCGGCUGGGAUGAACGCAGCCGUGCGCUCGGCCGUGCGUGUGGGCAUCACGGAGGGGCACAACAUCCUGGCCGUGAACGACGGCUUCGAGGGCUUUGCCAAGGGCCAGAUAAAAGAAAUUAAGUGGAGAGAUGUUGGAGGCUGGACGGGCCAGGGUGGAUCCUUACUCGGAACAAAGCGGACUCUCCCAAAAAAGUAUUUGGAUCAAAUCGCUGAAAAGAUCCGUGAAAACAAUGUCAACGCAUUGCUAAUUAUUGGUGGGUUUGAGGCUUUCCUCAGCGGCCUGGAGCUGGUGGAGGCGCGUGACUCGCACCCGGCGUUCUGCAUUCCCAUGGUGGUGGUGCCCGCCACCGUGUCUAACAAUGUGCCCGGCAGCGACUUUAGCGUGGGGGCCGACACAGCGCUCAAUACCAUCACCGACACGUGCGAUCGCAUCAAGCAGUCGGCCAGCGGCACAAAGCGCCGCGUGUUCAUCAUCGAGACGAUGGGUGGCUACUGCGGGUACCUGGCCAACAUGGGAGGUCUGGCGGCCGGAGCUGACGCCGCCUACAUCUACGAGGAGCCCUUCGACAUCCGGGAUCUGGAGGCCAACGUUGAGCAUUUGGCGGAGAAGAUGAAGACGGGCAUUCAGCGUGGGCUUGUCCUGAGAAACGAGCUGUCUAAUCCCAACUACACGACGGACUUCAUCUACAACCUCUACUCGGAGGAGGGUAAAGGGGUUUUCGACUGCCGCAAGAACGUCUUGGGUCACAUGCAGCAGGGUGGUGCUCCAUCCCCGUUCGACAGGAACUUUGGGACGAAGAUCGCUGCCAAGGCCAUCCAGUGGCUCACGAAGAAGCUCACAGAAUGCUACCGCCACGAUAAAGGACAUGUGUUCGCGAAUUCCGAUGACUCGGCCUGCCUGCUCGGGAUGCGCCGGCGUGCCCUUGAGUUCCAACCACUGGUGACGCUCAAGUCCGAGACCGACUUCGAGCACCGCAUUCCAAAGGAGCAGUGGUGGCUGAAGAUGCGUGCGGUGCUCAAGAUCCUGGCCAAGUACAAGGCCAGCUACGACAUCUCUGACGUAGGGCAGCUGGAGCACCUGGCCAUCCGGCGCUAGGUGUCUCACCCGACGUUCACCUUUCCACCGCUCACCCCGACGGCACCCGAGGACACAAACCUCCACCACCACCACCACCUCCACCACGUACAACAGAGGCACAGUGCCCCGUUCCCUCUGUGUCCGUCUCGUGUGCGGUCGCUGCUUGAUCGUGCGGUCCUUAUAUCAUUCCUCCACUCUUUGUGUUCACUCCCGAACGUGUUACACCUCUCAACGGUCACGGUGUAUGCCGGUGAUAUAUGCCUCGUCUGUGUUGUACUGCAUUACUGUAAUGUCUUGUGUGUGACGUGUGGGGAAUGUUGCUGCGGCGUUGAGGAAGUGCAUGCACGAGAGAUUGAGGUGACCCGGUUAAGUCGAGGAUGGCAGAUUUGAUCAAUGAUGAAAGAAGCUUUCAGUGUUUGUUUUAGGAGAUGAUGUAUUGCUGCUUUCCCUCCAGUGGUUACGUCACUAAGAAAGAAAUGUGACUUAAAAAAGAGUAAAUAAUAAAAUAAUGUUUUAAAGUAAUAUUGAUCAGCUUUUUAAACCAAAUUUGAGUGUUUAUGAUGGAAUAAAAAAACAAUAUAGUGAGACUGACAAGUCCCGAUGGCUAAAUACAAAAAAAGAUACCGAAUAUAAAGCCUUGAAAAUACGUAAAACAUCGUGAGCUUGUUGUAUGUGUCUCUUAGUUUAAAGUCUAAUUUCCUGUACCCUUUCUGAACGCUUGUCAAUCAAAAUAAAUGUAUGCAUUUAAUGAAAGUGUA